UAGCCUAACAAUGUGGUUUCUACAUAAAACAAAACAAACAAACGAAACUAAACUAUAACAUCUCUCAUACUUGGGUUUUUCGAUUGCUACCCCCUCUCUCCUCACUCCCUCGCUCACUCGUUCUCUCUCUCCAGUUCACUCAGAGUCGCUUGACCAACUAGGAAGCGCGCAGUCACAGCUCUGAUCCGCGCGCACCGACCUACCAACCGGCUAGCGAGGAGCUCUCUCUCGGAUCCCCCUCUUUCUCUCCCGCCUUGCUCCCUCUUUAUUCCUCCACAUAUAUUCGGUCCCGGGUCUUCCGCGGAUAAAUGUAAUCGGAGCUCACAGUGGGGAGACGCUGUUGUCGCUUUUCCACCAUGGAGGACUGUUGUUCCCUGGAAAACGAGAGGAUGGAAGCGUGGCUGGACGACCACUUGGAGUUCACCCACUCCUACUUUGUCAGAAAGGCGUCAAGGGAGAUGGUGAAUGCCUGGUUUGCUGAACGCAUCCAUUCCUUUCAGCCAUCUGUGUCCAAAGAAAGUCCUUCACAGCAGCGAGCCCACCAGCCCACCACUGACCUUGGCCCUUCCUGUGCCUCCACCAUCCUCCCACCUACCCUCAGCCACUUGGACAACCGCUGUCCAUCCCCAGCUACAGUCUCCAGCCCGGCCCCUGGUACCCCAACUCGCAAAAUCUCAGCGUCAGAGUUUGACCGCCCACUCAGACCCAUUGUGGUUAAAGACUCAGAGGGCUCGCUGACAUUUUUGAGUGACGCUGACCGUGAAAUUGUCCCUGUGAGGGGCUUGGUGAUGGGUGAGGGUGGUAUUGGUGGGGGAGGUGGGAAUGGAGGUGGUGGUGGUCUUGAGGGUGACCGCUGUGCCAGGUUGCUGGAGCUGGUGAAGGAUGUAUCGAGUCAUCUGGAUGUGACAGCGCUCUGCCAUAAGAUCUUCCUCCACAUCAAUGAGCUGAUUGCUGCAGACCGCUACUCACUGUUUCUGGUGGGUGAGGAUAGCUCAAACAGGAAGUUCUUGGUCAGCCGGCUGUUUGAUGUGGCAGAAGGAACGACACUGGAAGAAUCUUCCAGUAACUCUAUCCGACUGGAGUGGAACAAAGGGAUUGUGGGACACGUAGCUUCUACGGGACAACCACUCAAUAUCAAGAAUGCUUACGAGGACCCCAGGUUUAACGCUGAGGUCGACCACUUCACAGGUUACAAAACCCAAAGUAUCCUUUGUCUGCCUAUCAAGAACCACAGAGACGAGGUAGUUGGAGUGGCUCAGGCUAUAAACAAGAAAUGCGGGGACAGUGGAGCCUUCACUGAGCAGGAUGAAAAGGACUUCUCAGCUUAUUUGGCGUUUUCAGGCAUCGUACUACACAACGCACAGCUGUACGAGACGUCGCAGCUGGAAAACAGACGCAAUCAGGUGUUGCUGGACCUGGCCAGUCUGAUCUUUGAGGAGCAGCAGUGUCUGGAGGUUUUACUGAGAAAGAUUGCAGGAACCAUCCUGUCCUUCAUGCAGGCCCAGGCUUGUACCGUCUUCAUCGCUGACGAGGACUCAAUGAACACUUUCUCCAGCGUCUUUCACAUGGAUUAUGAGGAACUGGUGAAGGACUUUGCUGGUGAAGUCCUAGAUGCUCCAAAAAGGGGCCACGAUAACAGCCAGAUUAACUAUAUGUACGCCCAGUAUGUUAAAAACACCAUGCAGCCUCUGAACAUUGCCGAUGUCACCAAGGACCAGCGCUUUCCUUGGACGAGUGAAAACCCAGCUCACUCCAGCAAUCAGAUAAAGAGUUUGCUCUGCACUCCCAUCAGGAAUGGCAAGAAGGACAAAGUCAUUGGUGUUUGUCAGUUGGUGAACAAAAUAGAUGAAGUGUCAGGCAGCGUCAAGGCAUUCAACAGAAAUGAUGACCAGUUCCUGGAGGCGUUUGCCAUUUUCUGUGGUCUCGGCAUCCAAAACACACAGAUGUAUGAAACUGUAGAGAGAGCUAUGGCCAAGCAAGAGGUCACUCUGGAGGUCUUGUCGUAUCAUGCCUCUGCUGCAGAUGAAGAAUCACGGGAACUCCAGUUAGCAACCAUUCCAUCAGCCCAGUCGCUCCAUCUUCUGGACUUCAGCUUCAGUGACUUUGACUUGUCAGAUAGUGAAACCACGCUGGCUACUGUGCGGAUGUUUGUUGACCUCAACCUGGUCCAAAACUUUCAGAUGAAGUACACGAGUUUAUGUCAGUGGAUUAUGAGUGUUAAGAAGAACUACAGGAAGAAUGUGGCCUAUCAUAACUGGAGACAUGCCUUCAACACAGCCCAGUGCAUGUUUGUUGUCCUCAAGUCAGGGCACUUACAGAGCUAUAUGAGUGAUUUGGAGGUGCUGGCUCUAAUGAUUGCAACACUCUGCCACGACCUGGACCACAGAGGAGUCAAUAACUCCUACAUACAGAGGGAAACCAGAUCCUGAGCGGCCUUUCUCUGGACGAGUACAAGGCCACUCUGAAGAUGAUUGAAAGGGCUAUUCUGGCCACCGACCUUGCCCUGUACAUGAAGAGGCGAGGGGAGUUCUUUGAGCUGACCAAGAACAACCAGUUUGUUUGGGAGGAUGAACACCACAGAGACCUGCUGAGGUCAAUGCUGAUGACUGCAUGUGACAUCUCUGCCAUCACUAAGCCCUGGCCAGUACAAAAAAGGAUAGCAGAGCUGGUGGCCACUGAGUUUUUCGAGCAGGGGGAUAAGGAGAGGCAAGAGCUGAACAUUGAACCAAUUGACCUGAUGAAUCGUGAGAAAAGGGAUAAGAUACCAAGCAUGCAGGUGUCCUUCAUUGAUGCCAUUUGCAUUCAGUUGUAUGAGACCUUGGCUGGCUUAUCGGAGUAUUGCUCCCCGUUGUUGGAAGGAUGUCAGAAAAACCGGCAGCAGUGGAAGUGUUUAGCCGAGGAGUGUGAGAAGGGGCUUGUCAACGGCUUGGUGUGAUCCAAACACCAGUUUGGUUUUCAUCCAACUCAGAUUUCCAGAGUUCUACAUUUUCAACCUAUUCUCAUUAAAAUUAUCUAAUAGCGUAUUGUGUGGACUGACAGUGAGGUAGAAAAGUAAUUUUCCUAUCAUGAAAUAAAACACUAGCUAUGGUCUGAUAAUAGAAGAGGUCACCUGCCUUGAGCAGUCUUAAUACUUUAAGACUUAAUCUAUUACGGUUGAGGUGCCGCAGUCAGGUUUCACAGUUUGUCUUUCUUUUCCUUGUUAUAAUCUGGAGUUUACUCACCCGGCAAAGCGUUUGCUCAGAUAUAGGAAAAUUACAAACGAUCAUGCAUAGCCAUGCCAAUGAGUACAAGUUAAAAAAUAAAGUAAGAGAGAAAAACAACUGUAAAAACAUCUACAAGUCAGUCAGUUGACUUGUUGGUAAUCUGCCUAGACUUGUCAGCACUUUUCCUGUCUCCCGGAGUAUCAGUAAUUCUUGUGAGUACUUUUCACAACAGAUAAACUAUGAAAUAACAUCAAAGUUGUACCUUUCCACCCCCACUAUCAAACAUUCGUUAAAAAGUUGUAUGCUAGUUUUACAGCUAAGCCCUACUAUGAACAGAAAGGAAUGAAAUGUGUCCAUAACAAGAAAUCAUGGUUUCUGAGGUCAUGGUCAUUUUAUCCUGUCACCACCAUUUUUUCUCACUCACCAGAGAUAAUAACAAAGUCAGCACUAAGCUAUAUUUAUUACCAUAGACAUUGUUAUUUUUGCAUAGAGUGGCUUUCAUAUUGAUGGUCUCACCUACACUAUCUGUGACAGGUAGUGAACUUUAGGGAACACUGAAUGGUUAAGCUGCAUACACUGGAAGCUCUACAUAUUUACUUCCAGUUCAUAUGUAUUCUUUAUUCCUAUUGGUAGUUGCUUCGGUUAAAAAAAAAAAUCUUCCCUUAGCAAAUAGGAAAUGGUAAACGGACUGAUUCUUAUUUAGCACUUUUCUACUCUGCCUGAACAUUCAAAGAAGUUGCCUGUGGUUAUUUCAUCUGUAAUCACUUGAAGUUGUGGGAUGUGAUUCACUUUGAAUGGUCUGUAUUCAGUAUGUCGCUUCCAGUGUUCAUGGAGCUUUAGCACCAUUAGCACCAUUCUAGUGGGAUGAAAACAAUGCAACUACUAUAUACUUAGUAGUAUACUAGUGUCACAAUAAUCUUAUAGACUUAUGUCUUCACGGCACACACACACACACACACACGUGGGUUUGAGUCUUUCGUACAUUUUAUUCACUGUCUUAACUAUUGCAUAUUUAUUUUUGUUUUAUAUAUUUAUUAGAGUCUAUAUUGUAAGGUCAUUCUUUUGUCAAAGCACACAAUUAUCUAGAAAAUGUUUUCAUAUGUGGAAAAAAAAUCCCGUCUUUUUUUUAUAGGCCCUUUCUUAGGAACAACUGCUUCUUCUGAUGACAUUUGGAAAUGUACUGUAUUGUGUUAUUUGGAAUUUAAAUUUUCUAUUUUUCCAGCUGUAGGAAGAGCCAAAGAUUAGAUCUGUGAUUUCAAAGGAAAAUGGAUCUAGAUGUUGCCACUGCCUUGUUGCGUUAAAGUAGACAAUUCAGUUUUACAGAACCACUUAUUUUUAUUUAUCCAUGUCCAGUAAUGCUGUUUAUGCAUACCAAUUUUACAAACUGAACGACGGAGUAAUAUCUACAGAAUAUAAAGUAUGAUUUACUCACCGAGGGUGGCAUCUAGCUCUGAUACAUUGUGACGGCGUAUAAUUUCUAUUUCUGUAAACCUGAUUCUCUGAUGGGUAAAUUAAAAAUCUGUUCAAACAAGAUAUUUGCUACAAGGGGGAAAAAAAGGAUUCUUUAACAUUUAGAGCAGUUUCUGUUGCACUACAAAGACUGACUAAACAACAGAAUUUGGCAGAAAAUUUCAGUGUGUAACCCAGAAUGUAUCCAGGAGCAACUUUUUCAUUAGAUAAAAGAUAUUAAGUGUUUCAGCGUUUUGAUGUGUUUGGGUUCACUGCUGUCCACCCUUUAGAGGCAGAGGUUUUCAGUCUGUAGUCAGAGGCGAGGUGUCAUCACCAACACAUUUAAAAGAACAAUCUGGUACCUUUGGACCUUGUGAAAUGCAGGUUUUUGCUGAUCCUGCAAGAAGGAACAAUUACUCCUCAGUAAAAGUGAUUUCAGCAUGUCCACACUAGGAAUAAAUAGAAAAUGCAACAUUACUAUGACAUUUUUCUCUACACCUAGAAUGUUUAAUAUCUAGUUUUGAAGGAUGCUACUGUUACCCUUCAGAACUUUUUUUUUUAUGCAGAAAAGAAAAAGUUCUGAAAUGUUUUGGUAAAUGAAACUGCUGAAUCAGCAGAACUGGUAAAACAGUUAAUUGUCCAGCCAAUAAACUGUUGAUGAGGAGUCACAGAGGUCUGGAAGCCAUAUAGGUGCAUUUAAUGAACAGCUUACUAAUGGACAUGACAGACUCAUUUAAACUCAAGCACUUUUGUAGAUGUACAUGAUCAGAAAGUUAAUUUGUGUCCGUGGUUGUCAUUUGUACAUUGAAUAAGUCUCCAGGACUAUUUUACUUGUGCCUGUAGCUUAGCCUCUGUGCUCUCUGGAGAAAAAAAAAAAACCCUCACUGAUUGGUUGUCAGCUUUUUCUUUUGCAUGUAUAUGAGAGGGCAUUACACGACAGAUGGAUGGAUUUUUUUUAGGUAAGAGAAUUGUGGGUUUUCUUUUGCAAAAUGUAAUAUGCUGAUACGGUACUAUGAUGGUGUUACACAUCUGCAACUGUCGACACCUUUCAACACUGUGAGCGAAGUGAAUAGUAUGUCCCAUUAAAUAAUACUUAUUUACUAUGUCUCCUGUGUGCUGUCUAUGAUUUCUCAAAUGUACUAAACAAGCAAUGAAUGAAUGGAU